AUGUGUGCUCGAAAUCAAUCUAAUUUUACAAAACAAUCGUCAAAGAAAAUCGAUCAUGUGAUUUCCAAUGCUCAUCUAAUUAAUAGUUCUACACCAAAGAAAAAACAUCAUUGGUGCACUUCAUCAAUACGAUUAGAUGAAGAUAAAGAUCAAUAUUCAUUUUCGUUUUAUAUUCGUAAUCUUUUUCUUAAACAAAAAAGAUUUAUUCUUAUUAUUUUAUCUAUAAUAUUAACUAUAUUUAUUUGUAUGAUUAUAAUUAAUGCACGAAAUUAUAUAAAAGAAAUUGUUAAUCAUUCAACAAGAUUAUUUCAAUUUUGUAUAUUGUAUGAAAAUAAUUAUUAUCAUAAUUUAUUAACAUUACCUAUUGCUUUAGUUAUUAUUUUAUUAAUAAUAAUUAAUCAAACACGAAAAGAAUAUUAUCAAUUAAAUAAAGAAAAAUUAUCAAUUUAUAUUCCAAUACCAUUUAAUCCAUUUUCAAAAAUAAAUCGUUUUGAUACAAUAAUUUUAUGUGGUAUUGUUAGUCAUGAAAUACUUGAGAUUAUUGAAGAAAUAUUUCUAAGAACAACACAAAUAAAAUUACUUACAAUGACUGGUCCAUUAUUUGAUCUUAUACGACAAAUUGGUCUUAUUAUAAUUGUUGGUCUACGUUAUUAUCCUGUUUAUUCUGUUAUUGAAUUAUCUAAUGGUAAUAUUCUUUAUUAUGUUUUAUGUUCAUUGUAUAUGUGGUUAGAUUUAAUUCUAAGAAUAUUUGAACAUGUAUUUUGUGUUAAUAUUAAUCCAUUGAUUCGAGCAUGGAAAAAAUUUGAACAAUUUAAACAUGAAUUAACAACAAGAUAUGAAUCAAAUUCAUUGACUAUGACAACAACAAUGUUUAUGCCGGAAAAUGAAGAUAUUCAUUCGGAAGCAUUUAGAGAUCGUUUUCAUAGAGUUAAAGAUCGAUUCUUAUUUCGAGGAACAAAAUCAAUAACUACAACUAUCGCUUCAACAAUUCAACCAUCUUCACUAUCUAUCCAUACAUUAAAUUGGUCAUCAAUAGAUUUAAAUAUCUCUAUGUUUAUUAAUCAUAAUGAUUCUCAAUCUACAUUCGAUCAAUUUGGUAUUGAUCGUUCAAUAGUCUGUGUACUUAAAUAUGCACCUUAUUAUUUAUGUUUAACAUAUAUUUGUUUUCGAUUAACAUAUCUUCUCAUAAUUAAUAUCUAUCAUUUAUUUCUAUCUUGUGAUAAUACAAAAAAUUCUAUUAAAAAAUCAUUAAAACAUAUUUAUCAUAAACCAAUAAAUUGUUCAAGAGAAAGUCUUUCCAUUGAAUAUCAUUAUGUUCAUCAUUUAUUUGAAAAAUCAUUUGAAACAUUAAUAAAAAAUGAAAAGAAAAUUUCUUUAUUUAAAAUUUUACUUUAUAAAAUUUAUCGACCAAAUAAAUAUUUUCAUUAUUCAAAACAAAUAUUAAAUAUAUAUAUGAUUGCAUUUAUGUUAAUAUAUUAUUUAACAUUUAAUAUUUUACAAAAUGGUUUUAAUCUCAUUGAAAAAAUUUAUAGUUUUACUUUAAUACCAUUAUUAAUUCUUUAUGAUGAAUUUGAUUUACCUGAACCAAAAUUAUAUAAUCUUAAAUAUGAAAUGAUUUUAGCAUGUUUUUUAACAGCAAUUAUUUAUUUUAUACAAUUAUUAUUUGGAAUGAAAAAUUAUCAAAAACAUAUGCUUAAUGCUUAUAAAGGUAUUUUUAUUGAUAUACCACCACGAUCAGCAUUUAAAAAUGUUCGAUUAAUAUCAAAACAUAUACAUUAUCCUGGAUAUUGUAUUGCUUAUCUUACGAUUGGAUAUAUUAUUAUAGGCAAUAUUAUUUUUUUUUCUUUAAUUGCUUUACAUGUUUUAUUUAAACAUUUAUUUCUUAUGGAAGAAUUUGCAACAAUAUUCAUACCUAUUCUUGUUAUUUAUUUAAUAACAUUUAUUAUACAAUGGUUUUUAUCAAGAACAUUCUUUUUACAAAAACAUGGAAAAACGAUGAUAUUAAAAAAUCUUCGAAUUUAUUUUGUGUUUUCUUAUUUCAAUUUUUUCUUCGAUUGUUUUCUUGGUAUAGUAUCUUCUAUAUUUCGUCUAUUAAAAGCAUGGAUAACUAAUUUUGGUUUUUUACCACGUUUGGAUUAUUGUAUACUUGGACGAUCAUUAGAAAAAAUGGAUUCAGGUUUUAUAUCAUAUGCAUCAUUCAUUCAUAUGGAAUGUCUUCAUACACAUCCUGUACUUGUUUAUUUUUGUUCAAUUAUUAAUGAACAUAUUAAUAAGCGUUAUCAAUAUUUACGAACAUCUAAACGAGAUAUUUAUUUAUAUACAAAACAACAACAGAUUAUAUUUCGUUGGUGGUUAGCAAUAACAUUAAGUCGAAAUAGACAAUUAAUACAAUUAAGAAAAUAUCAAUUUAUGUAUUUACAAAUAUCAAGAAUAGAAAGUUUUAAUCAAUUAUUUGAAAAAAAAUUAUUGAGAAAUUUUCAAAAUUAUAAAAUAAUAACAAAAAAUGAUGAAAGAAUUAAUUCCAAUACGAUUAUUCGAAAUCAUACAACAACAUGUACAACUUUAUUACUUGAUGUUGAUGAACAAGAUGAUCGAAAAUCAUCAUUUUAA